AUGUCAUCGUCGUUUGAGCCGUCUCUCUCAACGAGCGGGCUCCGACCACCCCUCACGAGCGCUGAGGCGCCAUCGAUGGCAGACUCGUUGCCCAGCAUUAAUUUUGGAUUCGAUGAUCUUCGUAGCCGGAUGGCUCAGUUCACGGCUCGAUUUGACGCGUUUAUUGAGCGUGGCAGGAAGCAAGUCUUGGAGGAAAGAAACCAAUUCAGAAUCAACUUGGCGGAGCUCCAGGAGGAUCAACGUAUGAAGCAGAAAGAUAUCGAGAUUCUCAAUCUUAAGGCCCAGACCCAUGAGCAGACUCUUCAAAAAGAAGCUGCGGAAGCCCAAGAAAUACAUGCCGCUAUCUCAAGCAUCACAUUAGAGCGGGACUCGCGACUUGCUAAACGAGACCGCCUCAGGCAACAGAUUGCAGAGACCCAGAAGGCUAUCAACCAGAAACUGGAAGCCCAAAAAGCCCAUGCUCGACAUUUGGAUGCCCAGUCUCGUCUGAACGUUCCUGAGCUAGAGUUCUGGCAGGACUAUCUCUGCAUGCGUAUUGAAGGAGCUGGCAGGGAAGACCGCUUAAAGUUCGUCUAUACACAUUUGCUGGAGAAGAAUUGGGAAACGGAAGCAUGGUUUGAACUUGGCACUGCCAGUCGUGACUAUGAGGUAUUCCACACGCGGCCAAAGCUGGACAUGACGGCUGUGGAGCGAGAACUGGACCUUGUAAAUGAGGAUCGUGAUUUCGGGGCAUUCUUGAAACGCAUGCGCAAAUUAUUCGUGGAAACCAUGAAAUGA